AUGGCCACCCAGAUCUGCACCCCGACCUUCUCCACUGGGUCUGCCAAGGGCCUCUGCGGCACCUCAGGCAGCGUCUCUCGGAUGUCUUCUGUCCAUUCCAUGAGCUCCUACAGGGCCCCCAGUUUGGUUGGCACUGUGGGCUCCAUGUCCUUCAGGACAGGCUUAUCCGGCCUCGGCAGCUGCUUGCCGGGCUCCUACCUGUCCUCUGGGUACCACUCCUCCGGCUUUGUAGGAAAUGGAGGCUGGUUCUGUGAGGGCAGCUUCAAUGGCAACGAGAAGGCGACCAUGCAGGUCCUGAAUGACCGACUGGCCAACUACCUGGAGAAAGUGCGGCAGCUGGAGCAGGAGAAUGCGCAGCUGGAGUGCCGCAUCCGAGAAUGGUACGAGCGUCAAGUGCCAUACAUCUGCCCGGACUACCAGUCCUACUUCAAGACCGCCGAGGACUUGCAGCAGAAGAUCCUGUUGACCAAGUCUGAGAAUGCCAGGCUUGUCUUACAAAUUGACAAUGCCAAGUUGGCUGCUGAUGACUUCCGGACCAAGUAUGAGACGGAGUUGUCCCUGCGGCAGCUGGUGGAGGCGGACAUCAAUGGCCUACGCCGCAUCCUGGACGAGCUGACCCUGUGUAAGGCUGACCUGGAGGCGCAGGUGGAGUCCCUGAAGGAGGAGCUGCUGUGUCUCAAGAGGAACCACGAGGAGGAAGUCAAUGCACUCCGUUCCCAGCUUGGGGACCGACUGAACGUGGAGGUAGAUGCUGCCCCGCCAGUGGAUCUCAACAAGAUAUUGAAUGACAUGAGGUGCCAGUAUGAGACCCUGGUGGAGAAUAACCACAGAGAUGUGGAGGCUUGGUUCAACACUCAGACCGAGGAGCUGAACCAGCAGGUACUGUCCAGCUCCGAGCAGCUGCAGUGCUGCCAGACGGAGAUCAUCGAGCUGAGACGCACAGUCAACGCCCUGGAGAUCGAGCUGCAAGCCCAGCAGAGCAUGCGGAAUUCCCUGGAGUCUACGCUGGCUGAGACAGAGGCCCGCUAUGGCUCCCAGCUGGGUCAGAUGCAGUGUCUGAUCACCAAUGUGGAGCACCAGCUGGCUGAGAUCCGCUGUGACCUGGAGCGGCAGAACCACGAGUAUCAGGUGUUGUUGGAUGUCAAGGCCCGGCUGGAAUCGGAGAUUGCCACCUACCGUCGCUUGCUGGAGGGCGAGGAUUGCAAGCUUCCUGCCCACCCUUGUUCCACGGAGUGCAGGCCUGCUGUAAGAGUUCCUUACGUUCCCCCUACACCCUGCGCCCCGGCUGGACCCUGCACCCCAGCUCCCCAAGUCAGCACCCAGAUUCGUACCAUCACCGAGGAGAUCAGAGAUGGAAGAGUCGUCUCCUCCAGGGAGCACGUGGUGCCCCGUGCACUGUGA